CAAUUGUUCGCCGGCUUUCUCUCACAAAGCACUACGAAGCGCGCGCGAUCGAACAAACGAAAAAACAUCGCCAUGUGACAACAAAAAUGAAAACAGUGAUUGAAAGUGUGUGAAAGUGCGACAGUGUUUGUGUGAUGCCAUUCGUGCAGCGUUUGGUCGAGCCCAAAUUUUUGAGCAGGACUCAACUGUUUGACGACCAUGGAAAUCCGAAAAUCGGGGAUUUUGAGCUGGAGGCCGUUACCAAUAACACCCUGUGUAACGCGCUCAGACAGCUCGCCUCGCUGGUGUUGGCGGCGAAUGAUAUUUUCGAGGAGUUGGGGGGCCACUUGGAGGAUAUCAAGAAGAGAUCGGAGGUGCUCAAGGUCAAGAUUGGGGUUGUUGAAGGCAGAGUGGCGCAGUUCGAUCCCAAAGAAGUUACAGUCCGUACAUUUAUACCGCUUCUACUCGAUAUACCCUCUCAACUGGCUCUACCUCCCUGGUCCAAGUCAAAGAGUAACAACGCCACCAUCAUCCACGAUCUUCAUUUUACCAUUUUACAGCAGCCGCAUUCAUCUUCUCCAAAGGACCGUAAAGCGAGACAGUGUUACCUGAUUGAACGAUUGUAUAGACGAAGAAGAAGAAAAAAAUAG